UUGGAAAUAGAAAUAGUAUUAAAGUGUCCUACAGUAACAAUUUUUUUUUGUGUGUGGACAAUUCACUCUACAGAUCUAUAGGAACCACUGGUGAGGUAACGAUGUUCCACACGGACUCUUUGAUGGCGCGGACGAGAUGUUUGUUUUCGUUACCAUCAUACUUGUCUUUGUGGCUUACACUAUUUCUGUUAAGUUUGUGUAUUACAGAUAUGGUAAAUUAUGGCCACGCUUACGAAAUAAAAUAUCUACCCCUUUAUACACCGUUGGAAACUCAAAUUUUUGUCCAACACAAGUGAGGUCCAGCGCACUCCCACGGAACCGCGAGAACGAGAAGCCGCGCGUGACCGUCAGCGAGACGCGAGCUCUGUUCGUUACUGCACAUCCAGAUGAUGAAUGCAUGUUCUUUGCACCUACAGUCUUAAAACUUGUUGAAUCACGCGCAGCUCUUUAUUUGUUAUGUUUGUCGACAGGCAAUUACAACAAUCAAGGAGUCCAGCGCAAAAGGGAACUGCUUGACAGCUGUGCAGUUCUGGGAAUCCCAUCAAACCAUGUUACCAUCAUAGAUGACAAAGAGCUUCCAGAUGACCCAGCGGUCCAGUGGAGCACUGCACUGAUCUCCUCUCUGAUCCUCAAACACAUCCGAAACUACAGCAUAAGUGUGGUACUGACAUUUGAUGGCAGAGGUGUGAGUGGACAUGCCAAUCAUAUUGCCAUUUACAAGACCCUCAGGCAUCUAGCUUCUGCUGGUAGACUACCUCAAGGCUGUCAGAUCUUCUCUCUUCACUCCAUCAGCUUGCUUAGAAAGUACUUGUCAGUCCUGGAGCUGCCGGUCAGCUGGCUCCUCCCCUCUGAUUUCUGCUGCCUUAUUGGACGCGAGGAGUAUAAACGUGCCAAGAGAGCCAUGCUCUGUCAUCGUUCUCAGCUGCUGUGGUUCCGCCGGCUCUACAUACUUUUCUCACGCUACAUGUUUGUAAACACAUUCCAAGCCAUCACCGUGGAAACAAAGAAUGUGAAGAUUUAUUAGAUUAGUCUUGGGCACUGUUCCUGUCCAUGUAGGCCCAAAUUAUGCACUGAAGUUUUUAAGUAAAGGUUUACUU